CAGUUGUAGUUCUAGUGUUUUGAUUUUUUCUGUUCUUGUUGUUUCUCUUUCUUUCGUUCAUUCUGCUUGUUAACAGCAGCUAUCUUCAAUAAUUCUCAAUCAUCACUUAAUUAAUUACUUAAAGUAGGCCUACUGUAUUACUGCUUACACUGUCAAGCAGCUACAAACUGAGUUAUCAAACACCUCUGAAAGGCAAAUGAUUAGCUUGACUUGAGCUUGCACCUCCUCACAGGAGAAUCCUGCACACAGCAUAUUCUCUCAAAAAGGACAAGUAAAGGACAGUAUUCCCACAAAAGAAAGCAGAACCCAGAAAACAUAACCCAGCAUGUUCUGACACCUUUUUUUAUCAAGAUUUAUUUUCUUUUUUUUUCCAGAAAUUUGAGCCAAAGCUUUUCUGUGUGAUGGGACCAUGCAGACGGGCUUUGCUCCCUAAAUGCAUCAGUGAGCAUUAAGCCCUCAUCGGUUGUCCCUAAUUUGGUAGGUAUAGGUAGGCUAAUACUAGAAAGUCUGGGUCCGGGAACACCACCCAAAACAUGCCGUUUUGGAGAUGUCCUAUGUUUACGUUUACGUCCUAUGUUGGCUGAGAAGUUGAUAAACUCUUUUGUCUUUUCACGUCUGGACUAUUGUAAUUUUCUUCUAGUUGGAGUAUCUAAAUCAUUACUCAACAAACUUCAAUAUUUACAAAACUCGGCUGCUAGAGUUCUGUCUGGGGUCAGGGCUGGUGAUCAUCUUGAAGUCUUUGCACUGGCUCCCUGUCAGGUAUCGUAUUGAUUUUAAAGUCUUGUACAGUCAGUACUUGACUGAUCUUUUAAUGCCUUACACUCCAUGUCGAAAUCUGCGUUCCUCUCAGAGUGGACUCUUAGUUGUUCCUAAGACACGGCUUCGCUCUAGGGGUGAUAGAGCAUUUUCUUCUUAUGCUCCUAAGCUUUUGAACUCUCUCCCAGCUGACAUCAGGGAAGCAAAUACAUUAGUGACUUCUUUUAAAUCUCUUCUCAAAACAUUCUCUUUUAGAAUUGCUUUUACUUGAUUAAUCAUUUUAUUUUUUCUAUUUCUUUGAUGUGUUUUUUUGUAUUUAAAUGUGUUGUUUUCUCUGUUAUGUUUUCUUGUAAAGCGCUUUGAGAAAGCCACUUUUAAAGGCGCUAUAUAAAAUAAUGGUAUUAUUAUUAUUAUGCUCUUACCCUUUCAUCUUGCCAUCAUAGGCUACUGCAUAACAUUGCAAUAUCGUCUUUCUCCAUCAGGUGGAGCCAAGCAUUGAACUGAACGUGCUACUGUGAUGCUUGCUUCUCCACAUCGAGUCCGAGGCGAGAUACACUGGGCGGGUCUACAAACGGACGCUGAGGAUGCUUGAGCAUCCAUUAUCAACAAUAUUGACUUCUUUCAAAAUAUAACAGCAUCACGUUGUUUUAUUUAAUAAGCAUCGCUUUAGUUGGCUUUCACAGGAAUUUCUCCGAGGGUGGCACAAGGACAGUGGAAAUAGUCGUCUUUGUCUGACAAAACCUGAUAGAUUGUCAGUGUACAUCAACAAAUCGGCUAAUUUUGUCUAAUUUUUCCUCAAAAAUCAAGUCAUUCUUACAGCUUCAUCUUGUUAUUUGAUUGUUUUUAAACAAGCUUGAUGGGCCUUUUCUAACGGUGGAUUCAUAGAGGAUAUCUUAAAGGCUUUGUAACGUCUCUGACGUCAUUUGCGUUUAUUAUUUUUCUCUGACAUCAGCAGGGGACUCGUUUUGUGCAAACAGUCUCUGUUAAUGAAUUAAACUGCUUCGCAUUAAACGUUUUGCUAGGUAAUGAGUUAACCGUGAUCAUUUCUUUGUCACAGCUGAAAGACAAAGAAGCAUCAGAACUGUUGUAACAACAGACAAACAGUUGGUAGAUGUUUUUGUCCCUCGUCGUUUACAUUAGUAAGAUUUGCCGUUAUUUCUCCAUGUUUAGCACCGACAGACUCACGGUUCCUGAAUAUGUCAGUAGUCGGCUACACAACCGGAGGACGAGCUCCGACCCCAGGGUUGUGUCUCCGGGGAUCAGCGCCGAUGUCCAGGCCGUGGUGGACGUCUCUCUCCCUGCGUUGCGCUCCGCAAUCAAAACGCUGAAGUCUGCCAAAGACACUGGAGAUAGGGAAGAGACUCGCCGAGCCAUUGCUGAGACUUUCCAGCUGGUUGAGGAGGCCUGGGUCCUGCCCACAGUGGGCCGACAGGUAGCAGAGGAGAUCUGCAACAGGAUCCGGCUGGAUGGGGGUCUGGAGCUGCUCUUGCAGCUGAUGCAGACACCUGCUGUAGAAAUCACAUAUGAGUCUGCCAAGCUGCUUGAGCAGGUAUUGGUUUCAGAAAACAGGGAUUAUGUGGCACGUAUGGGCCUUGGGGUCAUACUGAACCUGACCCGUGAGCAGGAGGAUGCCCAGCUGGCACGAAGUGUGUCGGGCAUCCUUGAGCACAUGUUUAAACACACAGAGGAGACAUCCGCGCAGCUUAUCACUAACGGAGCACUGGACACCCUCCUGUAUUGGUGCCGUGGAACAGACCCAACUGUACUGCGGCACUGCGCUGUGGCCCUGGCAAACUGUGCCAUGUAUGGUGGGCACCGCUGUCAGCGUCUGAUGAUCGAAAAACAGGCGGCCGAAUGGCUGUUCCCUCUGGCGUUCUCCAAAGAGGACGAACUGAUCCGGUUUUAUGCCUGUCUGGCCGUGGCUGUUCUGGCGGCUAACAGGGAGAUCGAGAAAGAAGUGGUGAAGUCUGGUACUCUGGAGCUGGUGGAGCCCUUCAUCGCUUCGUUAGACCCUGAUGAGUUUGCACGCAACCUUUUGGACAGCGCAGACAGCAUGCAGGGCCGCACGGCUGCAGACCUGCAGCACUUGCUGCCCCUGCUGGACGGCACACGUCUAGAGGGGAAAUGCAUCGCCGCAUUCUACCUGUGCGUGGAGACUAGUAUCAAGUCUCGGCAACGUAAUACCAAGAUAUUUCAGGAGAUUGGGGCUGUUCAGAGUCUAAAGAGGAUCGUCAUGUACUCCAGUAAUGGGACCGUCUGCUCUCUGGCUAAGCGGGCCUUAACAAUGAUGAGCGAGGACGUCCCGAGGCGUAUCCUGUCGUCUGUACCCAACUGGAAGAGCGGAGAGGUGCAGACCUGGCUGCAGCAGAUUGGCUUCAGUGCAUUUAGUGAACGGUUUCAGGAACUGCAAGUGGAUGGAGAUCUGCUGCUCAAUAUAACAGAACAGGAUCUGAUCCAGGAUCUGGGCAUGACUACUGGGCUCACUCGCAAGAGGUUUCUUAGAGAUCUGCGUGUACUGAAGACCUACGCCAACUACUCCACAUGUGACCCCAAUAACCUGGCAGACUGGCUGGCCGAUGUAGACCCACGAUUCCGUCAGUACACGUACGGCUUAAUUCAGUCUGGAGUUGAUCGGAAAAAUAUUGCCCACAUUACAGACCAACAGUUGCUGUCUGACUGCCACGUAGAGAAUGGCAUCCAUCGUGCCAAGAUCCUCUCUACCGCCCGCCGCCCUGCUAAACCCUGUUUAACUGAUUCCCAGCCCACGGGCCCUGAUGUGUUCAUCAGCUACCGUCGCACUACAGGUUCACAGCUUGCCAGCCUACUGAAGGUGCAUCUACAGUUACGUGGUUUCAGCGUCUUCAUCGAUGUGGAGAAACUGGAAGCCGGCAGGUUCGAGGAGAAGCUGAUCACGAGUGUGCAGCGAGCACGAAACUUCAUCUUGGUGCUGUCAGCCAAUGCGUUGGACAAAUGCAUGGGUGACGUUUCAAUGAAAGACUGGGUUCAUAAGGAGAUAGUCACGGCUCUGAAUGGGAAGAAGAACAUCGUUCCUGUCACUGAUAACUUUGUGUGGCCCGAUCCGGCCUCUCUGCCAGAGGACAUGAGCACCAUUCUCAAAUUUAAUGGCAUUAAGUGGUCACAUGAGUAUCAGGAAGCCACUAUCAGCAAGAUUCUGCGCUUCCUCAAGGGAUGCCCCAGCCAAGAACAACCAGAUGCUGCAAAAACUGACAAAAAAGAGCCAGAAAAGGAAUAAUUGCCGUCAUGUAACCAGAACACACCUGUUACCCCUCAGAGGCCAGUGUUUCCUUUGGUUGUAUGCAUGUAGCUGGUCUAGAUAGAUUACUGUUGAAUUUUCUUGGGAGAAAAAGACAUAAAUGUAACUUUCCCAGAGAUGCAAUGGAACUUUAAAGGGUUAGUUCACCCAAAAAUGAAAUUACUCACCCUCAUGUCAUUCCAAACCCACAAGACUUUCGUUCAUCUUCGGAACACAAAUUAAGAUCUUUUUAAUGAAAUCUGAAUGAUUUCUGUACCUCCAUUGACAACUACAUAAAACUAAUCCAUAUGAAUUGAGCGGUUUAGUCAAACAUUUUCGGAAGAAACAUGAUCACAGAUUUGGAAGUAAUUAAUGACAGAAUUUUCAUUUUUGGAUGCACUAACCCUUUAAAGGUGUGGUUGCAUUAGGAAAAUUAGUAACAGACCAAAAAAGGUCUCUCACCCUGUCAAUAGUGUGGCGAUGUAUGAUACACAGCUCAGACACUUUCAAACAAAGUCACUUUCAAACAAAGCAGCAUUCUGUUGACUUGAAACCUGUUGUCAAAUCAAAGAGAAAUCUUUCGCCCUUGCACAAAAUUUGCAAUUGUGUGGAUUCCUAUUGUAAUGACUGGAGUUCCCCGAACAACAAUAAAUGUGACCGCACCUUAAGGAUUCUAAGUUAUUUACAGCUUUAUAUCUGUAGACAGCAUUUUUGGCUCUAAAUAACACUGAAUAUUCCUCAAUUGCAGUAUAGUAAUCAUACUAGCUAUGUACUGACUAUGUUCCCAGAAUUGUGUGGGACUUUUCUGUAACUCAGGAAGUUGAAUCGAUUUCUGCAUUAUCAGUCAUAUUUAUGACAUCAGCAUAAAGCAUAGUCAGUCUCUGUUUAUAUGAUAGAGAUAGAUAAUACUAGUUAGUCUUGCAUUAUAGCAUUAUCAGUUGAACUAUUGAAAAAAGCCUUAUGAAACAUUAAUUUUUCAUUUUUUUAAAAAGUGGUUUGCAGUAAGUUACUCAGGCAUCAAAAAUACUGUAGUUCCAUAAAAAUAGUUUCUGUUUUUACAGGUUUGUGCAGUAUAAGUUAUGUUAAAGGUAGGGUAGGCCAUUUUUUUUUUAUAAACACAUUUUGUUAUACUGGUUGAAACUCUCCUCACAUCCUGAUAGCAAUCAAUAAUAGAAGUGGUCUAAAUAUCAAAUCAUGUCUUAGGACCAAAAAAUGUUUGUCCGAUAAUUGCAUUCGGUCCGAAUGCAAUGACAGGAUGUGCUACCUGCCUGUCAACAUAUGAAUUUCCAUACCUCCGUUCUCCGUUCACACACCAUCAGUGCAUUCCGUAUGGCUAUCAGUGAUGCGCGGGUCAAUGUAUAAACAACCCGCACCCGACCGACGUUUUUAACUAACCCACCCACAACUCGGACCGCAAAAAAAAAAAGAAAGAAAGUAUUGUACCCGACCCGCUUCCUGACCCGCAUUUUUUAAAAGUAGUAAAUGCUCAUUGUAGCGUCAUUGGGCCAUAGACAUAAGAACUAGGGGUGCGGGGGUGUGUGGCCUCCCCCCUCCCAUACGCCCCCCCCAUCAGCCUCCCUGGCCAAUAAUAUCCAUUAAUCCAGCCUGUGUAGGAGAGAAAUGUUUCAGGACCUGACGUGGUGCGCUCAGAGGUGCAGCGGCGAGAGCAAGCAGUUCUUGAGGCGGCCCAUCAUUUUCCAUUUCAGCUAUCUAGAUGCAUAUUAUUGAUGAAUGCGAUGUUUAUGUUUCGACCCUGCUUGAAGAAUUCAUCAGCAGGUCAACUGAGAGAAGGCCCAAACUGUUCUUUUUCUGAAUUCUGUAUGAUAUAGCCUAGUGUUAUGUAAUAAAGGCUUGAUUUAUUAAUUUAUUUCGUUUCAUUUUCUUAACAAUUAAGCUGCUGCAUGUGUUUAUCCAGUCUAAUCGAAGUGUGCGUCUCUCCCCCGACUUUCCCAACAAAAAUCCCGCCCCCUCUCAGAAAAUACAUAAAAAUGACAUACUGAGCUAUAUGUGUUUAAAAGUAGCCUAUUAAAAUGGUACAAUGGCAUUGCUCAGUUCAACGUGUUGGGAAAUCGGGCAUUUUGUCCCGCGUCAGCAUUUAUUCAAAAGUUAAUAACGCUCAACAUUCAAAAGGUAAAUAAGGAUUUCCCACUUGUAUUAGCAGGGUUAGGCUAUUUGUGAAUGCCCAAUUGAAUGCCCAAUUGAAGCUCUCACAAACACAAAAUGCAGUGAUAGAAUAUGUUAAUAAAGUAUUUAUUAACGCAUUUUAGACUGAGGCUACAAUAUCCAUAAAUAAAUGUUCACAAAUACCCAUGAAAGUAAAACUGAAACCUUUAGUAAGUAAAACUGAAAAUUACAAAGGUUUAAUUGGCAUCUUUAUUUCAAACGACCCGACCGACCGCAACCCGUGCAUCACUGAUGGCUAUGCAUUGUUGUAGACAGACAGUCACCGAGCACAACAAACAAACAGCAGCCAGUUCUUCUUGAAACAAAACAACGAGUUUAUGCUGUGUUCAUGCCAUGUAGUUACAGUAAUUACGAGAUUGCAACCUGUGAAGUACAGCUACUCGGAGCUGUUCAUGUCCUCAGACUCGGAUUUAUGCGUUUCUAUGUCAACACUAUCAACGGCAAAACUAAUCUGUAGCAGUCAGGUGGAACAAAUAGAGAUCUGUAAGUUUAUGUUCAUUAUUAUUCUAACACUUUGCAGACUCUGCUGUGUGCGUUCAUGUUCAGAAGGAUGCGUGGCUUUGGAGAGCGCUCUGAAGGGAGGGUGGGAUCUUACGCUUUCAAAGCUAGCUUGCUAUUGCUAGCCUCUCUGAAAUUGCCUACCCUACCUUUAAGUUAUUACAGUAUAUUAUGUACCAUGCAUCAUUCACAAAACAAAUUAAAUUUUUCACCUCUAAAUCAUAAUGGUCAUUCAUCACCUUAUGCAGUAUUAGGAAAAAAAUCCUUUUAAACAGUUACUUGACUUGAAAAACUGCUGUAGAAGCUUUCUUAGGAUUUGCAAGAAUAUUAUGCAGCAGAUUUGAGUCAUACAUUUUCAGACACUGUGAAGAUGCAACAGGUCAAGGAAAAUGCUAAUGAACAUUUACUAACUCCUCUUGACACCUCAAGCUUUAUCCUGCUAUUGAGCUCCCUACUGUUGCCUUAUGAUGUUUGUCAGUCCGUCUUUCAUGUUAUACAAUGUGUAAAAUCUGUACAAUGAAAUAAUGAAAUAUUCUUUUUGGAGAAAUAAACAGCAAUAAAGCUUGUUUUGGAAAACA